AUGUACUGUGUGAAAAGUAGACAAGAAGUGCUUAUUGAAGAAUCAUCAUCUAUAGAAUCGUUGCAUGCGGCGGUUGGCAAUGCGGUGGAAUUACCAUGUGAUGUCACCCCAGCCUUGCGUGGGGAUAGCAUGGGGCUCGUCAUCUGGUACAAACAGGGGCAUGACACACCCAUAUACACUUUCGACACAAGAGAUGGCGUGACGUCACACUGGUCGGACCCAUCGACUCUAGCCUCACGAGCGACAUUUCGUUCUAACACCUCACCUGCAGUUUUACUACUGACAAAACUAAGGCCCGAAGACAGCGGCCAGUACAGAUGUAGAGUGGACUUCAUCAGGUCUCCUACCAAGAAUACUCGACUGAAUCUCACUGUUCUUAUACCGCCGGAACGUCUCCUAAUUCUGGAUCAAUCUGGUGAAGAGAUCAAAGGAGGAGUACUCGGGCCGUACGAUGAGGGAACUGAAGUCAAUCUAACUUGCGUAGCAGUUGGAGGUCGUCCACCAGCUCGCGUGUCUUGGUGGAAAUCUCACGCCCUGCUUGCUAACUCUGAAGCGCGGGCAGCUGUUUCCUUUACAUUGCAACGUGCGGACCUAGGAGUUGAUGUAACAUGCCAGGCAGUAACGGAUCCCUCGAUAGCACCGCUCUCUGAGACCUUGUCGAUAGAUGUCAAUCUACGACCAUUAUGGGUUCGUCUAUUAGGCGGUGCUAGACCAUUAGUAGCAGGACGCAGCGCAGAACUGGCCUGUGCAGCAGCGGGGGCGCGACCCAAACCAAACAUCUCAUGGUGGAAAGGAGGCACUCGACUUACUACCGUUAAAGAAUAUACGUCUGCUGACGGCAAUGUGACGCGCAGUACAUUGACAUUCGUGCCAGUUAUCGAAGAUGCCGGCAGAGUACUUUCUUGCAGAGCUUCUCAACCUUCUUUACCCCACUCUACUCAUGAAGAUGGGUUUAAAUUAGAGAUACAACAUUUACCAGUAGUCAAGUUAGAGCUUGGUGCCAAUUUGGAUGCCGCCAGAGUUGUUGAAGGAUCUGACGUAUACUUGGACUGUAUGGUGCGCGCCAAUCCUUGGCAUACUCAUGUGUAUUUCACACAUAAUGGUGCUCCAGUGAAAGGGGGUGGUGGGGUAGUAGUAGCCAACCAAAGCUUGGUAUUACAGCGUAUCUCGAGACGUGUUGCCGGCGCUUAUGUAUGUGUAGCGAGGAAUGCAUUAGGCGAAGGCUCAAGCGAACCAUUGGAAUUAGAUGUGAAAUAUAACCCAGCGUGUAAAUCUUCACAACCCCUUGCACUUCGCGCGGCUCGAGGGGAGACGGUCGAGAUUGAUUGCGAAUUGGAUGCCAAUCCACAAGAACCUAUGACGUACCAAUGGUGGCUAAACAGCACUACUCAUUCGAAACUCGAACUAAACUCGCAAGCGACGCACGCCCAAAGCACACUCGGUAGAUACCAGUACACGGUGAACAGUUCGGCAGACUACGGGUGGGUGCAGUGCGCGGGCACCAACUCGGUGGGCCGGCAGCUGGCGCCGUGCCUCUUUCAUAUACUACCUGCUGAAAAACCAUCAUCAGUUAAGAACUGCGUAAUAACAAACGUAACACACGAGUCUUUAUGGCUCUCUUGUACGCGGGGACAUGACGGCGGAUUGCGACAAUCUUUUCUUUUGCAGGUAUUUGAUAUAGCAACAGGCUCACUUCUACGAAACAUAAGCAACGAUGAACCCCAGUUCGUAGUGUGGGGGCUGACGGGGGCAGUUGGUCUGUCCGUACGCGCGUACAAUCAAAAAGGGUUUAGUGAGCCUUCCACAUUAUCGUCCAGCCUUUUAAAACAUCCUCAGAGACAAACAGCAAAUGUACCAGUAAAAGUUGAAUUAACAACGGUGCUAGUGACGGUACUUUGCGCUGUGGCGAUCAUAGCGACCAUCACUACCGUAUCUGCUUUUAUCUUGUGCUGGAAAUACUGUCAUAAGAGAGAUGAAAAAACUGAUAAAUCUAAACGAAUGCAAGACGAAAUAUCAAAUACUCCAUUAACUGGAGCAAAGGAAUGCGAAAGCGUUGAUAGUUUAGAUAAAAACCCCGAUAUAAUACCAAUAGAAGGUAAAAUAAGCGAUACCUGUUCAAACAAAUCUUCAGCAACAGACUAUAGCUCAAUACGCCCUUUACUUACAAAAGAUUCUGAUAAAUUUGACACUAAAUAUGAUCGCCAUUACGAUGUAAAUGAUCCAUGUAACAUACAAAUACGACCGAUGUACCAACACUUACAAAUGCACAUGGGGCCUAUGGGAUUGGGCAAUUUGGGGAUGCCAAGUAUAGGUCCAAAUGAAUGUAGGCCAUAUGACAAAGUGUAUGAAAAUUGGUUGAAGUAUAAAAAUUCGUUGCCGCUAAAUACCAGCGGUUUGCUACAAGAGCAAAUUCCAGAAAUAUAUCCCACUCCCUCUAUAUACGCUCCCAAUACUCACAACCCACUCAAUCUGGCCCAAAUGCCGGAACUAUCCUCUCCCUACAUGGAGAGGGCGCGCGCACACUGUCGCGCCAACGUGGACGCGCGCGCCGGCAGUGUGCUGUACACGCGGGACGGCACACUGGGGAGGAAGACUAGUCUAAAUUCAUCUCAAGAAGUAAAACCGACUUCAAUGAAAUCGGCUGAAACCAACACAAUACAAGUAACGAGCGACACUGAGUGCAGG